AGCUAGCACGCUCCGCUUUGUGGUCUCGCUCCCAUUAGCGAGCACAAGUGCACAACAACGCCGAAAGAUGGCAAGAUACGUAAUCUGUCUAGCCUUCAUCUUGCUGCUUGCCGCUGUGCCGUGGCCGUCGGCGGCGGCGCAGCACGCGCUAGGGGCCGGGUCCUCUCUGACGGUGGAAGACCACGGGCGGCCGUUCCUGACUUCCUCCGAUGGCAGUUUCUCCUGCGGCUUCCAGGAGGCCGGCGAGAACGCCUUCUCCUUCUCCGUCUGGUACGCCGGCGCGGCGGAGAAGACCGCUGUCUGGACGGCGAACCCCGGCGUCCCGGUGAGUGGCCAGAGCUCUAGGAUCUCGUUCCGCGGCGACGGGAACCUGGCCCUCGACGACGCCAACGGGACCACGGUGUGGGAGAGCAAGACGAGUGGCAGUGGCGGCGGCGCCCUGACCAUCUCCCUCCUCGACACCGGCAACCUCGUCAUCUCUGACCCGUCCACCGGCGGCCGCGCCGUGUGGCAGAGCUUCGACUGGCCGACGGACACGCUGGUCCCGUCGCAGCCGCUCACCAAGGAGACGAGGCUGGUUGCCGGGUACUUCAGCCUCUACUACGACAACGACAACGUGCUGCGGCUCCUCUACGACGGCCCAGAGGUAUCGAGCAACUACUGGCCGAAUCCGGAUUAUAGCCUGUUCGAGAACAACCGGAUAGGCUACAACACCUCAAGGAUCGGUGUCCUCGAUGACACCGGCGUGUUCCGCUCCAGCGACAACCUUGUGGUCGAGGCCUCCGACCUGGGCCCCGGCAUCAAGCGACGGCUGACCAUCGAUCACGAUGGCAACUUGAGAAUCUACAGCCUGAGCACGUCAACGGGAGCCUGGACGGUCUCAUGGGCGGCACUGCAGCAACCGUGCUCCGCGCAAGGGCUGUGCGGCGAGAACGCGAUAUGCGAAUACCAACCAAGUCUCAGAUGCUCGUGCUUGCCGGGACACGAGAUGGUCAACCCGCGGGACUGGAGCCAAGGCUGCAAGCCAAUGCUCAGCUCCAGCACUACCAGCUGCGGCAUCCAUGCUACGCCGCCGGAGAAGUUUAAGUUCGUCGAGCUGCAGGACACCGACUUCUACGGAUUCGACUUGGCGGUGAACUUCUCUGUUUCGUUCGAGGACUGCAAGAAGCUAUGCCUGGAAAUGUGCUCGUGCGCCGCCUUCUCUUACCGGCUUGCGGGCACAGGCGUCUGCUACCCAAAAGGCACGCUCUUCAACGGCUACAGAUCUCCAAAUUACGCCGGGAGCACACACCUCAAAGUUCCUUACAGUUUCGACACGUCAGCAGCAGCAACCUCGGUUUCUGCACGGGGCACCGCAGGCCUUGCUUGCAAUCCUAACGACGAUCCCGUGGCGCUCACAGGAUCCCAGGAUAAUAGAUGGCCGUACUUGUUUGCGUUCGCAGGAGUACUCGGAGUCCUCGAUCUUCUCUUUAUUGCCACAGGUUGGUGGUUCCUUUCAGGCAAACAGAGCACGCCCAGCUCACUAGAGGCCGGCUACACGAUGCUCAGAGGCCAGUUCAGGAGGUUCACGUACCGGGACCUCAAGGCCGCGACGGGAAACUUCAAGGAAGAGCUCGGCCGGGGCGGCUCCGGCGUCGUGUACCGUGGAGUGGUCGACCAAGGCAGGGUGGUGGCCGUGAAGAAGCUGGCAGGCGUGGAACAAGGCGACGAGGAGUUCUGGGCGGAGAUGACGGUGAUCGGAAGGAUCAACCACAUGAACCUCGUCCGAACCUGGGGGUUCUGCUCCGAAGGCAGGCACAAGAUGCUGGUGUACGAGUACGUGGAGAACGAGUCGCUGGACAGGCACCUGUUCGCCACGGACAGGAGGCCGCUGCCCUGGGACGACCGGUACAGGAUCGCGCUGGGCACGGCCAGGGGCCUCGCCUACCUCCACCACGAGUGCCUCGAGUGGGUCGUCCACUGCGACGUGAAGCCGGAGAACAUCCUGCUGACGAGGGAGUUCGUCGCCAAGAUCGCCGACUUCGGGCUGGCCAAGCUGUCCAAGAGGGACGACCGCUCCGGCGUGGAGUUUUCCCGCAUGAGGGGGACGCUGGGGUACAUGGCGCCCGAGUGGGCGCUGAACCUUCCUAUCAACGCCAAGGUCGACGUCUACAGCUACGGCAUCGUGCUGCUGGAGAUCGUGACCGGAAGGAGGAUAUCGCAGCAGACGACGGCGGAUGGGGUGCUCUUGGAGGCUGGGCAGGUCGCCCAGGCGGCGAGGCGGGUGGUGGCUAGAGGGGAUGUCGGGUCCCUAGUGGACAGUAGGAUUCAGGGGCAGUUCAAUGCCCGGCAGGCCCAGGAAAUGUUGAGAAUUUCCUUGCUGUGCAUAGAGGAGAAGAAGAAGAGGCCGACUAUGGAUGAGAUUGCCAAGGCUCUCACAGAGUUGGACGACGAGGACGAGCACCCCGCGUACAGGUCAUAACUCAUAACCACGCCGCAGCUGGCAAAGUAACUUUUCUUUUUAAGAAAAGGGAGAUGUUCCGGCUUGAUGGCAAACUAACAAAAUUGUCAGUAGUCUUCAUGGUUAACUGUUUAUCUGUGUACAAACACCAUUGGUACAACAAACUAAUGGCACAUUUCAGCGU